AUGUUCCGUCGCGCUCUCAACUACCGUCGCUCUCUCAAUUCCGUCGCGCUCUCCCUUCCGUCGCGCUCUCACUCCCGCCGCUAUUACACUUCCGUCGCUCUCUCACUUCCGUCGCGCUCUCACUCCCGCCGCUCUCUCACUCCCGUCGCUCUAUCACUUCCGUCGCGCUCUCACUACCGUCGCUCUCUCACUUCCGUCGCGCUCUCCCUUCCGUCGCGCUCUCACUCCCGCCGCUCUCUCACUUCCGUCGCGCUCUCCCUUCCGUCGCGCUCUCACUCCCGCCGCUCUCUCACUCCCGUCGCUCUCUCAGUCACUAUCGCGCUCUCACUCCCGUCACCCACGCCAGCCUGUUGCACCCCUGCCACACCUCCCCUCCUCCACCUCUGUUCCUACUCUCCCUUCCCUUCCCCCACUGACCUUCCCCACUGUUCCCCCCCUUCCCCCUCCCUCCCUUUCCCCCAUAUCCUCCCUCCCCUUGCCCCACCAUCCCUGACUCCUUGUCCUUCCCUCCCUAUCUCGAACAGCCAGCCUAUCCCCCCUUGUCUGCCCUCCUUUCCUCACCUCUCCCCGUCUCUGCCCACCUCAGCCCUGCUGUACCGUCACCCCCCUGCACUUCGUUCCUCAUCCUAUGCUGCUGAUUUCGAGAAGGCGGGGGUGGAAGGGGUCACACUGGUGGGCAUGACACGUGGCCACCCUGCAUUGGCCAACAUGCAGCCUGCUGGCCGCUCUCCUUUCGAGUGCCUCAAUCUGCGUUCCCCCUCUGCCUUUCGCCGGGCCUGCCCGUUGGCACCUCCUCAGACGUGCUGCCUCCCCACCACCUCCCGAUUCCCUGCCACCCUCGGCCCCCCAUCGUUCUGCCCAUCGCUUCGCGUGACUGCCCGGGAGGGUGUGGGAAAGAGGCCUGCAGGUGGAGCAUUGAGGCGUCAUGGCGGCCAACGCAGCAUCAGCUCAGGCCUGGGCAGGCGGGGCAGGCGGGGCAACAGGUGCAGCAGCAGGCAAAGCCCUCGCGGCAAUUCCGUGCUCUGUAGCCAGCUCGCGGUGCAUGGCGGCAGCACUCACGAUCAUUUCACUGUGUCCUGCACACCCCCUUCCCUCCGUUUCCCCCGUGGUUAUCCCCACAUCACACCCAGGACUUACAGCCCAUGA